ACGUAAAAUCGUUUCAGUGGUAAUCGGCAAGCGUGCGUGAAUAUAUCGUCGUUACGGUAUCACGAAUAGAGCUGUUAUCGCGGAUUGGUAUUUAAUGUCCGCAGGACGAUCGGCAACAGACGCGCAACUGGUUAUCGGUAUCCGAAUGCGUGCGAUUGUCAAAAGUGCAUGAGCUGUGCGAAUAUAAAAAAUAGUGUUGAAAAAGUAGUGGGAAGCGGCGCAGCCUCAUAUAAUUCAAAAGUAAUAAAGUCCAACUGGAAUCGCGUAAGUGGCUUGAGAACAGUGGGCGUGACCGGAGGCAAUUCCGUACUAAAGGAACCUCCGAUUGGCUGUUCCAGACUGCGAACAGGUAGCUGGACUGUGCCCCUCUACCGGAUGACUUGUUCUUGGUUCCUGACGGCAGACUAUCCCACUACUGACAGUUGGCAGGUCUUUUCUGAUUCUGUAGGCGGGGCUUGAUCUUAGUUAGCCAAGAUCGUCACCAGCGCAAAGUCAGUCAGGAUCACGAAGCGGAUCGGUUAAGAUCGUUCCUCGUCGCUCGUCGUGUUACGACUUUCGCGCGCCGGUAGCAGUUAUAUUUAUUUAUUUUUUUUUUCUUCGACCGAACCUUCACACCUUUAUUUUCAACACUCUCUACGGUCGUCAAAAAUUUUCGAUGGUCUCGGCUGUCUCACCGGACACCGCGUAGAUCCGGAUUUUUCAUCCUGGGUUCAUCCGAGUGACUCUGUGCAUCUUCGAGUUCCAAAAUCUUUAUCUUGGACUACUUCCGGCACCAAAGUAUACCGCGCAGUUGUUUUCGCAUCCAUAUACGGUAUCGUUCGGAAAAAUUGAAAAAAAAAUUGGUUCGGUCCAUUUUUUACGGAUACCGUCAAAUCUCCUUUUCUCUUUUACUUCUGUCCCAUCGAGUCUUACGAUUUGUACUCGUCCGAUUUUUUUAUGCCGAGUGUGUGCUGUGAUCCUUAUUGCGAGAGGCAAGUCUUGUAGAGUGACUUGGGACUACGUGAAAUGACGGUUACCACCAACUUCUCGAUGAUGCGACCCUGCUUCACUGGAUAUCCAUUCCAAGAUCUGGGUUCGAUACCGGGUCAGGGCCGUGUCAACCAAUUAGGUGGUGUCUUUAUAAACGGUCGUCCAUUGCCAAAUCAUAUUCGGCUAAAGAUCGUAGAAAUGGCUGCGGCUGGUGUACGUCCCUGUGUGAUAUCGAGGCAACUGAGAGUAUCGCACGGCUGUGUCUCGAAGAUCCUGAAUCGCUACCAGGAAACCGGAAGUAUCCGUCCAGGAGUCAUUGGCGGUAGCAAACCCCGCGUAGCCACGCCGGAAGUCGAAGCGCGAAUCGAGGAAUACAAGCGCGACAAUCCCGGAAUAUUUUCCUGGGAAAUUCGGGACAGACUCGUCAAGGAAGGAAUCUGCGACAGGACCAGUGCACCCAGCGUCUCGGCCAUCUCCAGGUUGCUGCGAGGACGCGAUCCCGAGGACGAGGCUAAAUUGGGUGACGGAAAAACCAGUUCUGGGUCUGAUUGCGAAAGUGAACCGGGAAUACCGUUGAAGAGGAAGCAACGUCGCAGUCGCACGACCUUCACCGCCCACCAACUGGAUGAAUUGGAAAGAGCCUUCGAGAGGACCCAGUACCCUGACAUCUACACCAGGGAGGAACUGGCCCAAAGAACGAAGUUGACCGAGGCCAGGAUUCAGGUCUGGUUCAGCAACCGUCGGGCACGUUUACGGAAACAACUGUCCUCAACCACCUCAGGAGGUUACGUUGGUUCCGUAGCAUAUCCUGCGGCCUCAUACGUUCUCCAUCCGCCAGCUGCGCCGCAUCCACAUGCAGGUGCAGUGGUACCAUCCAGCCAUCCUCAUCCUCAUUCGCACGGCCAGCCACUGCCGGAUGCGGCCUUCUCGUCUAGCCAGGUUCCAGAACUGUACUCGUCCCACCAUACGACAAUGUCUCACCAACUGGCCGAUUCGACGAGACUGGCUUCUUCGGUUGGAUCAACACCCACUUACAGUCUUCCUACGUCGGUUGCAUAUCCAGCAUCCCUCCUGCCACCAACUUCAUCCAGUACUCACAUGGCUCAUCAACCGUCGCCAGUUCCCCCUGUAUCGUCCAGCUACCAACAGAGCAACGGUCACCAGCUACCACCGACGCCCAAUUCCUUGGUGACGAUGAUGGGUCCCAAUUCCGGCAAUUCCAAUCCCUCGUCGGAACAGCUGAACAACACUGCGGAAUUGCCAAUUAGUUCGGUCUCGCCCGUUCAACAGCAGCAGCAGCAGCAGCAACAGCAGCAGCAACAACAACCCUCCAGCCAGCAGAGCCAAGCUGGCUCGUCAUCGCCAUCUUGGAAUCUGCAUAUCUCUGCCGGAAGUGGCAGGGUACCACUUCCGAGUCCACCGUCCACCCUUCAACAGACGCAUGCGCCUCAUGCUGCUCACACCCAUCAAGCUUUUACCAGCCAUUACGCGAGUCAGAGUUUUCAACAGCCACCCAGACCUGCUCCGCAUCAACCCUUUUACAGUUGGUACUGAGGAGAGUUGGGAAUUGACGAAUAUUUUUCAAAUUAUUUAUCGUAUUCUUUCGACAAACGCUUUUCAUCUACUUUCUCGUCUCGCCCUAUGGGAGUUGCAAUUAAUUCUUUUCUUUUUUCGUCUUUUUUUUUUGGCAAUACUCAAACUCUUCUUCGAAGCGAACGGAGUCGCGCGACCAAUUGGACGACCAGUUUGCGCAGGUAUAGGAAUAACAAUCGAAACGAAAGAAAUGAUAUUGUCGAUGCCAGUAAAAUUUUAACUGUAGUUUUAUUUAGUAUUAAAUAGUUAAUCAGUCUUUAAGGGUUCCUUCACAAUGUUUCUCUGGCCUAUUGCGUUGUUGCUUAUCUUAAAUCUUAUUCUUUAAUUAACGUUGUCUCUGCUAUGUCUGAAACGGGGAUAAUGGUCACACCAGUGAAUUUUCUUAUUAUCAUAAGAUCAUGCAAACACCAUGGCACUUUGCAAUAUUUAAAAGCGAUAGACAAUUUGACAGUUUGCGGGCACAACUGUGAAUUAAGUGAUCACGUUUUAUUGUAACGUUGCUUGGUUUAUUCCUCGACAACAUUUUUAACUCUUUUAUCCCGAAAAUUGUAGAUACGUCAUAUCCUUUAAGUCUAGUUGAUAAUCUCUGUUUUUGUUCGUCCCUCUUUUACUUUUUUCUUCUCUCUCUCUCUCUCUCUCUCUCUCUCUCUCUCUCUCUCUCUCUCUGUACUUAUUUCUGGGAUUAAUGUAAAGUAUCAAUUUUACGCCACGCGGUACGUUAUUGUUGAUUUGCAGUUCGACCAAAAAUCUAGCCUGUAGCGGUGAUAACCAAUCGAGAAGAUAAUUAAAUAGUUAAUUAAGGUUUCGUUGAAACAUAUUUGUCUUGUUUUUAUGGAAAACCCCAUAUUAAUUCAAACACGUGCAUUUUUCUUAUAUCUAUCUCUUGUAUCGUCUCAAAGUAAACACGAGUGUCGAUCGUGAAUCAUUUAGAAGAUCCAAUGUCCAUUCGCGACACUGUGGACAUAUGUAUAUAUAUCUAUAAUGUACAUGUUAUUAUGUAUAGUAAUGUAUUUUACUGAGCAUCGUUACUGAAUAAAGACUCAAAGUAAAUAUACCGAAGGGUAUACAUUGUAUGUAUUAAAUAUAUAUAUAUAUAUAUUCAAAUUAAUUGACAGGAAGAUUAAAAGAACAGUCUUUAUUUAAUUUAAUUUUUAAUUCCACUGUUUUCCCGUAUUAACUGUAACAAGGCACGUUGCAUAAGUACAAUGUAAGAAGAAAAAAAUGGAGACGAAUAAAAAUAGCCGCAGUCUUACUUGUCACGCGAUAUCGCUUAUGCGAACACGUUGAAGCACACUUACAUAAUGUUCAGAGAAUUACCAGCAGUUUUCGUUUGGUAUCGCGGAAGCUUCGAUCGUUAGUUUCCUUCCGGCAAAGGGUUAGAGCUGUAUAAUGGCAGGUGGGAUAACAAUGCCGGGGAAGAAAUUCUUAAGAAUUUUUACAGUGCAGCUCAAAUUAAAUGGAAUUACAUCAAAGGGCUAUUUAAAUGGGAUCUUUAUCGGAUUGUUAGCAGUCAUUAUUAAUAAUGUAAUUAUACUCGAUACAGUAGAAUCAAUGGAAAAUAUAUAUACCGAUUGAAUAGCACAGCUGGUUUUAUGCGGAAUUUAUGAAAUAUCUGUGGUGGGAAACUCAUUUGCAUUGGGCAUGAAAACAUUACACGUAGCAAGUGUUCAGUUGACUUUGUAUUUACGUGAAAAAUGUAAAGCGUUACCUGCAUGGUUUUAUUCCUUAUUUUAAUUGUGUGUAAUUUGUGUUCUUUGUACGUAGCUCGCUCGUAUCUGAGUUUAAUCGAGUGAAAGAAAAAGAAAAGCAUCCUGGCAGUUCUUUGUGGCAGGAUGCAGAAAGAAGAAGAGUUAUGUGUCAGAGUUCCGCAUUAACGUUAAGACUUAGGUUAAAACUGAGUGUGCUUCUGCGCAGGCGCAGCUGUCGUCACUGCAUCGUUCAGGGCCGGCAGCUCAUUGUCGCUCACGACACGUUAGGCUUCGGAUCUAUGACAGCAGGUAAGGCAGCUGACGUUAGUGUAAAUGUGAGAGAUGCUACAAGGUGGCACCAGCAGCAGUUCUAUAUGAUGAUGUAUACAUAUCCAUCAUCUCCAUUCUGCUCUUUCCUUCAUUUUUUAAUCUAUCUUACACUUUGCUUCUGACUUCCAUGAUAAAUAAAGCAGUCGACUCGUUAACUCGUUUUUGCGAGGACUUUUCGUUAGUUCGUCAUAAUUCCGCGAGAUGGCUCUGUCAGACUAGUUCUAGUUCCAACAAAAAUCUGGGGCGCGGAAAAAUAAUCUAGCGCCAAAAAAUGCACCGCGUCUAAAAAAUUACGAAAAUUCCUGGUUUGGGACGUCGGACGUCUUUAUACGGGCCUGAAAAACACAGAGAUCGUACACUACAGAGAUGAGCAGGGAGAUGCACAACGCUAAGGUUUUAGGCGAUACCACAAUCUAUGGCGCUAAAUCGUAGCGGCGAGUCUGGAAGUUGGAUUUUGUGAUCAUCGGCUCCGUCGACAAUGCAAAUCCCAUCGUGAACACAUCCCAUCGCAGAGGUUCUCCGCUGCUUACCGCUAAUUCCCAAAGCAACACUUAGAACUAGGCUAGUAACUAUAGAACUUCUCAAGAACUACUGAAAAAGCCUAUUGUUGAAAGAUCUUUAAGACAUUUUUAAGAAAGCGUGGUGCCUACUUGACACCCGUAUAGCACCUCAAUUUUUAUUAAAUAUUAUUGGAUCUUGAUUUACUUUCAAAUUUUAUUCAAAA